CACCAAAAAAACCUUCUUCUCAUUCUCAUUCUCAUUUUUCACCCCAUCUUUUUCCCAACCAAACAACAUGCCUCCAAUCUUGCCGGAUUUCUCUAACUCGGUGAAGCUUAAGUAUGUGAAACUUGGUUAUCAAUACCUUGUGAACCACAUUCUCACCCUCACUCUCAUACCCAUCAUGAUUGGAGUCUUCAUAGAGGUACUACGUUUAGGCCCAGAAGAGAUCCUCAACCUUUGGAACUCUCUUCACUUCGAUCUCGUCCAAAUUCUUUGCUCAGCUUUUCUCAUCAUCUUCAUAGCUACCGUCUACUUCAUGUCAAAGCCACGCACAAUCUACCUCGUUGACUAUGCCUGCUUCAAGCCACCUGUAACAUGCCGUGUCCCCUUUGCAACCUUCAUGGAACACUCCAGGCUCAUCCUCAAGAACAACCCCAAGAGUGUGGAGUUCCAAAUGAGGAUCCUCGAGCGAUCUGGCCUUGGAGAAGAAACAUGUUUGCCUCCUGCAAUUCACUACAUCCCUCCCAAACCCACCAUGGAAGCUGCAAGAGGAGAGGCUGAGCUUGUCAUCUUCUCCGCUAUGGACUCUUUGUUCAAGAAAACUGGCCUCAAACCUAAGGACAUAGACAUUCUCAUAGUCAAUUGCAGCCUCUUCUCUCCAACUCCUUCUUUGUCUGCCAUGGUUAUCAACAAGUACAAGCUCAGGAGCAACAUCAAGAGCUUCAACCUCUCUGGCAUGGGUUGCAGUGCUGGCCUUAUAUCCAUUGACUUGGCUCGUGAUCUUCUUCAAGUUCACCCUAAUUCAAAUGCUGUCGUUGUUAGCACAGAGAUCAUCACACCAAACUAUUACCAAGGCAACGAGAGAGCCAUGCUUCUUCCAAACUGUUUGUUCAGAAUGGGUGGUGCUGCUAUUCUUUUAACAAACCGCAGGUCUGAACGUAGAAGAGCCAAAUAUAGAUUGGUUCAUGUAGUUAGAACUCACAAGGGUGCUGAUGACAAAGCAUACCGUUGUGUGUUUGAAGAAGAAGACAAAGAGGGUAAGGUGGGAAUUUCACUUUCGAAGGACCUCAUGGCCAUUGCUGGUGAGGCUCUAAAGUCAAACAUUACUACCAUGGGUCCUCUUGUGCUUCCAGCUUCUGAGCAGUUGCUUUUCCUUCUCACUCUCAUUGGGAGGAAAAUCUUCAAUCCAAAAUGGAAGCCUUACAUACCUGAUUUCAAACAAGCAUUUGAGCACUUCUGCAUCCAUGCUGGUGGGCGUGCUGUGAUUGAUGAGUUGCAGAAGAACCUUCAGCUCUCCACAGAACAUGUUGAGGCCUCCAGAAUGACACUGCACAGGUUUGGUAACACCUCGUCUUCGUCACUAUGGUAUGAACUUAACUACAUUGAGUCAAAGGGGAGGAUGAAGAAGGGAGAUAGAGUGUGGCAGAUAGCAUUUGGAAGUGGGUUUAAAUGCAACAGUGCUGUGUGGAAGUGCAACAGAAGCAUUAAGACCCCUCUUGAUGGGCCUUGGGCAGAUUGCAUUGAUCGUUACCCGGUUCAUAUUCCUGAGAUCGUUAAGCUCUAGACUCUUUGGAGAAGAAGGAAAAGAAAAAAAAAGAGAAAAGAAAUUGGUUACUUUGAUUUCAGUUAUGAAAUAGAUGAGUACUCAUGACCCUUCUCUGCUGUAGCCCUACCCAUAAUUCUCAUUUAUCAGUCAUAUUGGUUAUCCCACUUUUUAUAUAUAUUUGGUUUUUUUUUCAUUUAUUUAUUUUCAUUUUCCAAAAAAUUACAUGGCCUUGGGGAUUUGCAUAGAAAUCGCCAAUGGGGCUUCUAUGUAUUCAUCAAUGUGCAUCAUGUAAGGAAAAUACAGUUUCAAUUUCAACUUUGUGUUUGUUUGCACUGUUGGAAGAUUGUAAUUAGGAGUUGAAAUGUAUGAAUUGCAUUGUUGUCAGCGAGAAUUUAAGGUCUCAUUAGCAUGACAGAAGUGUAUUUAGCAAUAAAAUUUUCGGGUUGUGAGGAAUGUUA